CUUUUCUGGAGCACCUGGAGAGAGCCCAGAGGAGGGCACGGAGCUGCUCCAGGGCUGCAGCCACAAUCCCAAGGAACCCAGAGCCAAACACUGAAACAUCCCACAAGGAAAAUACUUCCAACAAAUUCCCCUUUCCCUGGAGAGAAGAAGGAUGCAGGGAGAGCUCGGAGCCCCUGGCAGGGCCUGAAGGGGCUCCAGGAGAGCUGGAGAGGGACUGGGAACAAGGGCUUGGUGCUGAACCACUCAGGGUCUGUGCAGAGACAGAGAUGAGUUGGUAGAAUCCAUAAUAAUAAAUAAAUAUAGGGCAAAAUGUUGGUUUGAAAUUGAAUAGUUCAGCAAGACAAUUGCUACAGGAAAGUUGGGUGCUGCCCCUGGCAGGGAGGAUUAAAUACAAUUAUUGCUGGAGGAGCUCCUCAGGUGACUCUGCACAUCCCUGGUACAAAGUGUGAAAUCCAGAACUGGCAGAAUAUUCCUUCCCCUUCUCUCAGCCCAGCCCAGCAUGCUUGUAGCACUUUUUGCUGUUUUUCCAGGAUAAAACUGCAGAGAAGUUUUCCUGCUGUGCAGGAGGAUAUGCAGUGUUGCAAGAGGAGUAUGUGGUUUUAAUUUCUUCUUUAAAAAUGAAGUGAAUGGUCAGUUUGACUUAAGCAAAACUCAGAGACCAGCUUCAGUUAAAGAUUCUCACAUGGAAAACUUGAUUCUUGGUGCUUCCUCUGCUGGUGAGGAGCCUCAGAGCUUGGCUCUCCCUCCUGGAGAACACCAGAGCUGAAACAUAAUGAAGAAAUAAUAAAAAAGAAAAAUUUUAAACAAUUAAAUAAUUAAUAAAAUAAAUAUAAAAUAAAAUAUGAAUAAAUAUUAAAAUAAUUAUUAAAAAUAAUAAAAAUAAAUAAUAAAAUAAUACCUGGAUUUGGGGUUUCUCUUCAGUACAGGCUGCCUUGUGUUUUGUAGCAGAAAUAUAGAGAGGAUCCCAAAACCACUUAAAUUUUACUUCUGGGCCCCAAAAGCCCGGGAGGAAGGAGCUUCUCUUCUGCUUGCUGGUUCCCAUUCCCUGGGGCUGAGGAGGGACCUGGGCAGGACCUGUGGACACCAGAGCUGUGGUCCUGGGGCUGCUCAAAGCCAGCCUGUGCACCUGGAACCCACUGAUGGGAAGGCUGGGAUGGGAUUCUGUUCCUGGCCAGGACUCCCCAUAUCCCAGUCUCUGAUGCUCCUGCAGCUCAGACCUGGUUGUGGUGACAGAGCUUUAAUUAAAGCUCUUAAUGAGUCCAACUUCAGUGUGUUCUGAGAGCUUUGUGGUGUCCUCCAGACUGAUCCCCAUCCCAGGUAUUUCCUUGGACACUGUGCUCCAAGUGUGGCUCCUGAACUCCCAUUCCUGCUCUGGGGGCACCCAGCAGCUCCAGGAACCCCCAAAAUCCUGGUGUGCACCCAAUCCCCCCCUGGUGCUGCUGUGGCAGGGUGGGUGCAGAGUGUCAGGCACUGCAGCUGCCCUGGGGCUGUGGGGAGCACUCCAGGUGUGCAGUAAUGGACAUUUUUGGGGAGCCCGUGGGGUAAGGAAACCCCUGGAGUUUGGGGUGCAGGACUGCUGUGUUCCCUGCAGUGGGGGAUAAGGAGUGAGUAAAUUCCUGCUCCGAGGUGUAUCCACAUGGGGGGCCACUCCAGGUGUGCAGUAAUGGACAUUUUUGGGGAGCCCGUGGGGUAAGGAAGCUCCUGCUCCGUGAAUCGCUGGAGUUUGGGGUGUGGGGCUGCUGUGUUGCAAUGGAGGAUAAGGAGUGAGUAAAUUCCUACUCCAAGGUGUUUCCACAUCCCCAGGGCUCACCUGGCUUUCCCAAAGUUCAUUCCCAGGUGAAGAUGGCCAUGAAGCUUCCACAUGGAAGCAGGUUCUCCUCCCUCCCCUGGGUCCCUGCAGCUGCCCCAAACUUUGGGAUGUGUUUGUGGUGGAGGGGGGAGGUUUGGGCUGGGCUGCUUACGAGUCCAUUGUUUUGCUGAAGUUGUUAAAGGGGUGUUUCUCUCCUUUUUUUGGGCCGCACUCCACCUGCAGAAGUGGGACAUCCCCCCUGGCCUGCCUGAAUGCCAUGCUGCACACCAACUCCCGGGGUGAGGAGGGCAUCUUCUACAAGGUCCCGGGACGUAUGGGAGUCUACACCCUCAAGAAGGACAUCCCCGAUGGGCUGAAGGAGCUGUCAGAGGGCUCUGAGGAGAGCAGUGAUGGCCACUCAGACUCGCAGAGCUCGGAGCACAGCAGCUCCAGCAGCGACGGCUGCGCCACCAAGGACGGCAAGAGGAGCAGGUGGAAAAGGAAAGUGUCGUCCCGCCUGGCCCCCACGGCCUCCCCCCAGUCUGGCUGCCCCUCCCCGUCCAUCCCAGGCAAGGGCCUCUCGUGCUCCCAGAAGCACAGCAAGAAGGCUCUCAAGCAGGCCCUGAAGCAGCAGCAGCAGAAGCAGCAGCAGCAGCAGCAGUGCCGGGCAGGAAUGGCCCCUGGAAUGGGGCCAGCAAUGGCUCUGCCCUCCAGCCAGCACGUCCUGCUCAAAGCCAAGGCCAGCACAGCUGGCAAGUCAGGUUGGGAAGGGAAGCAGGCAGAUGGACAUUCCAGCAGCCCCCCAAACUCCACAUCCAGCUCCUCACCCUCGGUGAAGCUUGAGAACUCCCUGCCAGGGCUGGGCAAGAAGCCAUUCCCGAGAUCUGACAGGCUCCAUGCACGGCAGCUGAAGAGAGCGCGCUGCGCCGACAUCGACGUGGAGACGCCGGACUCGAUCCUGGUGAACACCAACCUGAGGGCGCUGAUCAACAAACACACCUUCAGCGUGCUGCCCCCCGAGUGCCAGCAGCGCCUGCUGCUGCUGCUGCCCGACGUCGACAGGCAGGUUGGGGCUGAUGGGCUGAUGAAGCUCAGCAGCUCCGCUCUCAACAAUGAGUUCUUCACCUCGGCUGCACAGGGCUGGAAGGAGAGGCUGUCAGAAGGAGAGUUCACCCCAGAAAUGCAGCUCCGGAUCCGGCAGGAGCUGGAGAAGGAGAAGAAGGUGGAGCUGUGGAAGGAGCACUUCUUUGAGAGCUACUAUGGAGAGAGCUCUGGGCUGAGCCCCGAGGAGUCGGAGCGACUGACGGCACAGCCCGAGGCAGAGCCCGCCCGGCCCCGCAGCCCCCCGGCCCCGCCCCGGGAGCAGGGCACGGCCCCAUCGGAGCCCAGGCCACAGCCAGCCCCGGGGCCAGCAGCCAGCAGGAGAGCAGCAGAGGAGGCCAGAGAGGACCAGCAGCCCAAGGCGGCCAAGGCCACCGAGGCGUCCCCGGAGCGGCGCGCGGCGAGAGCCGGCGACCGAGAGAGAGCCCGCGGGGAAAGCCUGCCCCAAAAACCCCUCAGUGCCACCAGCCAGAAGCCAGAGGAGCAGAGGAAGGCUGGACCAGGGAAGGAGACUCCGGGUGCCCCCAGCAAACCAAAGAGCCCCGAGGCAGCUGAAGGAGCAGCGAAGGCGCCGAGCCCCGCGGCAGCCACGGACACGGCGGAGAAGAAACUCCCCGGGAGCGAGGCCAUGGAGGUGGGUGUGGAGGCCCUCAAGAGGAAGGUGGAGAGCAGGGAGGAAGCUCCAGGCACCCCUGAGAAGAAGCCCCGAGUGGCUGAGCCCUGCCAGCAGCAGCAGCAGCAGCAGCAGCAGCAGCAGCAGGCCUUUCGGAAGCAGCCCUUUCCCGGCGCGGGGCCGGCGGUGCCGCGGGUGCCCCCGCUCAAGAUUCCCGUGUCCAGAAUCUCCCCGAUGCCAUUUCCUGCGAGCCAGGUCUCUCCCAGGGCAGGCUUCCCCCUGUCCCUCAGCAGUCCUGGCAGGACAGGGGCCAGGACCUUGGCCGACAUCAAGGCCAGAGCGCAGCAGGCCAAGGCUCAGAGGGCAGCGGCCGCCGCCGCCGCCGCCUCGGCCGGGGGAGCAGUGCCGGGACCCGGCCCGGGCGGGGGGAGACCCCCGGGCAGGGGGACAGAUCCCGGAGGAGCCCCCCACGCCCCAGCCGGAGCCAACGCGCUGGAACUGGCAGGAACUGGAAGCGGGGGAGGUUCGAGAAGGUUCCUUCCCCACGGCCCGGGGCCCCGUUCCCAGGUGGAGAGCCAGGCGGAGCCGGGAGCUGCUCGCCGUCCUGCUGGAGCACAACUACAGCCAGGGCCCCCCGCGGCGGCCCCGGCGCUAGGGAACGGCACGGGGGCUGCGCCGAGCCCCCCGCGGGCCACGGCCGUCCCGGGGUCCCCGGGUGCCAGCAGUGGGGAGCGGGCAGGGACGGCCCCUCCUGCCCCGGCCCGGGCGGCUCCAGCGGCCGGGAGCGGGCACGGCUGCGGCACCGUGACCCUGGGAGCGCCCCCAGCCUCAGGAGGGACCGGCUGUGACCUUUCCAAAAGCAAAUCUCCCUCUCCUCCGGGCUCCUCCCUGCCACCCGCAGGCCCCGGAGCCCAGGCUGGAGCUGUGGCUGUGCCUGUCCCAGCCUCCAGCGGCUCCUCAGUAGCGCCCGGCCUUAAAUCUCCUCCCGGGGGAGGCCUGCCCAGAGCGAGCUCCAGCAUUCCUGCCAACAACCCUUUGGUCACCCAGCUGCUCCAAGGCAAGAGCGUCCCUCUGGAGCAGAUCCUGCCCAAGGCGCUCACCAAAGCAGAAAUGAAAACUGUCCCCGUGGCUCAGGAGGAGAAGGGGGCAGCGGGGAACGGCGCCGAGGCGGGGGACAGAGCAGCGAGUCUGCCCCCGCCGCAUCUCGGGAAGAUCUUCUGCCAGAACAGGCCUGUGCCUCACAUUCCAAGGACCUUCCCGCUGCCCUCGGGAAAGGAGUCCGGUGCUGAGCAGCAGCAGCAGUGCCACGAGGCGCUGAGCAAAUCCACCCAGGAGCAGAUCCUGCAGACACUCAUCAAGAGGGUGCAGAGGCAGAAUCUGCUGCCCGUCCUUCAGCCCUCGCAGCUGAACCUCCCACACUCAGGUUUCCCGGUGGAAAACAGCUCCACCAGCCAGAGAUUCAUGCUGGGCUUCACGGGCAGGAGGACAUCCAAGCCUGCCAUGUCCGGGCACUACCUGCUCAACAUCUCCACCUACGGCCGCGGCUCGGAGAGUUUGAGGAGAGGCUUCUCCCUGAACCCCGAGCCGCGCCUGGGGCUGAGCGGCCCCGCUGACGGCGCCGGGGCAGAGCUGACGGGGGAGCGCGAGGAGACGGGCGGCCAGGGCAGCGGCAGCGAGGAGGACACGGAUGAGGAGAGCUCCGGGGAUGAGCGGGAGCACGUCGGCCUCAAAGAGGAGCCGCGGGCAGGCCGGGGCUCCGGGCAGGGCGAGAAGGAGCAGGGCUCACGUGCCGCCGGCCCCGCGGAGCCCGGCUCCCCGGGGACCAAGGCUGGGAAGGCCGAGGCGGCCGCGGUGCCCAAGGAGAAGGCGCCGGCGCUGGACGGCUCCACGCUGGCCCGGGACCUGCUGCAGGCGGCGCGGGAGCAGAUGGCCCACGCCGUGAGGGGCAAGGGCCAGGGCGGCGCGGAGCUCUUGGGGUCCCCCAGCCCGUCCCCGGACUCGGCGCGGCCUCCCCUGCUCCCCGCCCCGCUGCCCCCGAAGCUGCCCGGCUCCGCCGGGGCGCAGCUGCUGGGGCCCAGCUACAGCGGCACCAUCAACGUCUCCACCUCGCCCGACGUGGGCCAGGGCUCGCUCGUGACCGAGUGCGGCCAGCUGGGGAGCAGCUCCGUGGGCAACGUCAUGUCCUUCUCGGUGACCGUGGCCACCAUUCCCGCCGGGCAGGCCGUGAACUCCGGCGGCCACGGGCAGAGCCUGCCUGUGCCGGCGUUCGCGGAGGACGGCGGCAUGGAGGAUCCCCCUUCCAAAUGCUACUGCAGGUUGAAAGCCAUGAUCAUGUGCAAGGGCUGCGGUGCCUUCUGCCAUGACGACUGCAUCGGCCCCUCUAAGCUCUGCGUCUCCUGCCUCGUGGUGCGGUAACGGGGGCGGCACGCGGGGAGCGGCACGGCUCCCUUCGGGGGCUGCUUUGGGAAGUACCUUGGGGAGAAACAGGAAUUUUACUGCCUUGCACAAGAGACACGUUACUGAAUCAGGAAUACAGAGUUAGAGUCCUUCUUUCAUUAACGAAAGAGCACCUUCUUGUACAGGGAGUCGAAAUCGCGCUCAACGACGUGAAUUGUGACAAGAGUUUGCACUUAAGGAAUUAUGUAAAUAUGCCACGUUAUUUUGUUUAAAGAUAUUUUUUCAAUCUUUUAGGAGAUAGCGUUUGACUUGUACUGCAGUUCCAGUGACCCCAGCCUGCUCUGAGCACGUUUGCGGAGCUCUGCUCUCCCCGGGGAGGUCCAGCUCUUCUCCUGGCAAAGGGAACGGGAUAAUCCAGGUCCAGCCGUGUGCGGUGGUGGAGCAGCGAGGCAGGAGCCCUGUGUGGGCUCCCUUGGCUGCUCCCAGUUCAGCUCCCUGGGAGCUGGGAGGCAGCACGGAUGCCGUGCCAGCCUUUCCCUGCAUUGCCUGUGCCCGUGGCCUGCCUGUUGAGGAGGCUCCUGGGCUGGGCUGGGGUUCCUGGUGCGCAGAUCUCCUCUCCCGGUGUCCCAGCUGAAGGGAGGAGCUGGGCGUGCUGCUGGUGGAACUGCAAGGGGCUGUGCUGACCGUGGGGUGGGAUCACCAGAGCUCAGCCCUGGGGGCUGCCCAGGGCUCCUGUAAGACCCGGGGGUCACACAGCUGUGCUUGGCCGGGCAGGGCUGGCAGGAAUCUGCUCUCCUGGCGUUCCCCAGGAGCUGGAGCUGCCAUCCCACAGCCCUGAGCCAGCUGCUCUUGAGCCACGGGGGCAGGCGAAGGGCCCCGAGCGUCACCCUGGGUCCUGCCGUGCUCUGGGAAGCGUUUUGUGCUCAUCCAAACGCCCGUGGUCAGACAUCUCCAGUUUCUAUCCAAGAUUUUAUAUUUCCUGGGUGUAGGGAAAGUCAAAUGAGUGUCUGCCUGGGCCUUGCUGGGUGGCUCUUUGUGUUUGAAAUAGCAAACUGGGCUGAGCUCAGCACAGCUUGGGCCCAGCUGAGGGAGGGGUGCUGGAGCAGCCCCUCAGACCCAGAUGGGGACAGGGCUGGUGGUACCUGUGCUCCACCCUGUCAGUUCCUGGAAUCCUUCACCUGGGCUGAAGGAAAUCAAAGCACAGUAGCCCCGUGUUCCUGGGAGCUGAGAAUGGAGCACGAGUCACUCGAGGGCUGUUCCCCUCCCGGGGCGAGUGGGGGCCUUGCUGCAUCCCGGUCAGGGAACAGAGCUAUGUAUGUUUUUGAUGGAAAAGCACUGAAUUCACUUUUAAUCCAAAGGCCUUUUUAAGCUGAAGCAAUAUUCCCACAGCAGUGGGGCAGCUGAGUGGUGCACGGGGCCCUCAGCCUUCCCUUCCCCUCUCCUUUGUACUACUGCUCCCCUCCCCUCCUCCCCAGGAUCCCAGCAGUGGUGGUGAGCAGCAGAAACAAUUCCCUGGGUGACUUCCCAAGGAACGUGUGGUGCCCGAGGCUGCCAGAGCUCCAGGAGCCUUUGGACACUGCUCUCAGGCACAGGGUGGGAUUGUUGGCUCAAGAGUUGGACUGGAGGAUCCCUGUGGAUCCUUUCCAGCACAGGAUAUUCCCCAGCUCUGUGAUUUAGUUGGUGAUGACAAGGAAAAGGGAGUUGCAGACUUGAUCCCGUGGUAGCAGGAGCGUUUCCUUCCCUGCCCAGGGAGUGUGGGUGCCUCGGGAGCAGCAGGAGCUGCAGCAUCACCUGCUCUGGGUUCUGCCAGCUGAAAUUUAUUGCAGAGCAGUGACCCCCACUGUCGUGAUUCCACAUCACUGCUCGAGCAUCCCGUGGGGAGGAGGAUUUAGGGAUUAGAAAUCAACUCGAUUUUUUAAAAUCUAAAAAAAUUGCACAAAACCGUCCCAUCUCACACGAGCAUCUCACACCGUGGCGGGGGUGGUGGUAGCCCAAGAACCCCCGGCCCGUGCCUGUUCCUGCCACUUCCCACUUCCAGCUCCUGUUGGGGAAGAGGAAAUCCUGCAUUUUUGUAAAGCUGGGGAGGCAGAGUGGGCUGGUUUGGAGCUGAGAGCAGGAUCUGUCCAUUCCCAUCUAGACUGGAGGGAAGUUGCUUCCCCCAGUCCUGGACAGACACUUCAUUCAUUCCUGGCUGGGACAGCCCGGGGGAGGCGGCCGUGCAGCUUGGUGCUGGUUACACAACAAACUGCCAGAGCCCUCCUCCAGGGCAGCGAGAGCUUUGCUGCGCUCUCGGGGCAGUUCUGCCUCUCCUUGGCUCCUCUCAGGGUGCUUUUCCAGGCUUCUGGAGAGGGGGAAGCAGAGGGUGAGGAGGGAGCUGUGACCCUGAGCUCUCACAGGGCCGCAGCUGCCGCUGGAAAGGCUCUUCCAGAGCUCCCCGGCACUUCCCAAAGCAUCAGUGCCCGGCUGUGGCUCCAGCUGGUUCCUCCUGUUGGAUUUGUCCUUGCUGAGCGCGGAUUGGGCUUGCUGUGCCCGUUCCCAGAGCCAUGCCACGGGAACGUGCCCGGCCCAGGAGGGGCUGCCUGGUGACCCUGGACAUGGAGGUGGCCCCGGGCUGGCGUUGGCCGGGGCAGGACGGUGCUGGUGGCUCGGGAGUUUACACCUGUCAGUGCCUUAGUUCCAUUUCAUGGAUCAACACUUGGCCUGGGCUACUUUCCUUCCGUUCCUUUUGAAGGAAACCGAUUCUCUCAGUGCCCGUCUUGAGGUUUGAGCGUCUCCGCGGGUGAGCAGAGGGCACCGAGUGUGAGGAAAUCGCUCGGGAUAACGGGCUCGCUGUAGGAAUCCCUGGAAGAAGGGAAAAUCCCUAUCCUGGAAGAGGGAUAAAGCCCUGGAAGUUCUGCAUGUGCUGCAGCUGGGUGUGGGAUGAUGGGGUUCAGAGGGGGGAAUCCUGUGGAGUUCUUGGGGUGGGAUCGGCCUGUCCCACGGCUGAGGCUCCUUCCCACAGACAGUGAAUCCAGCUCCACACGGGAUUUGUAAUGAAGGGAACCAUCAGACUUUGGUCCCCCGGGGACGAAUUUAACGGCACUGCAGGGAAUGGCAGCAUCAAAAAUCCAGGAUUUCCACAGCUUGAUGUCAGAGUGUUAGUGGCAGGGAAAGGAACCUGAUGAGGGAGGAGGUUUCAGUUUCCCUUUUCAGGACACAGAACUGGAAUUAGAGCCUGAGCUACGCCUCGCUUCCCAUCCCCAAACCCCACGGACUGCCUGUGGCACAGGAGGUGCCAGCACUGCUCUGGGGGUUCAGGUUUUGAGCCAGGUGGGCAGCAAGGGAAGGAAUUCGGUGUGGGAUUUCAUUUUCCCUCCAGGAAUUUACAGGAAAGAGGAGGUUCCAAGCAGUUGCACUGGCUGGGGAGUUGGAUUUUUUUUUUUUUUUUUUUUUUUUUUUUUAAUUUUUUGGUUGCACAAAACAGCUGCUGGAGCAGCGGUUCCUGGUCAGGUCCUUACUGGGAGGGACCCUCGGGAGGGACCCUCGGGAGGAGGCAGCAAGGAGCACCCCGGGCACGGGAGGGUGGACUGGGAGUGGUUUUGGGGCUCCUCUUUCCAGGGGCGCUCCGUCCCAUGGUGAGCCACCCAUGGGAAGGUCUGGAGAGCAGGAGCGGGCUGGGGUUUCCCACAGCAGGAAUGUGGGAGGCUGCGGGAUGUGGCAGGAUCAUUUUGAUCAGCGCAGGUAAUUAAUCACAGGGGUGGGCAGAGACCUGGGUCCCGGGUUGUUUUUAAUGCUAACGUUUGCUGCACGUGCGGGGCGAGCGGGAGAGCUUACAGUAAUAUAUUUGAAGUAAUAUAUAUUUUAGUAUGAAAAGAGACGACAAAGGAGGGGUUCUGAGGUGGUGACAGGGUACCGGGGAAGUUCCUCGGCCGGGCCAGCGGGGGUUACUGCAGCACAGCUGAAGAGGUUCAGUUCCUGCCAUUAAUGCAAUAAAAAUGGGAAUUCUCACAAAGAAGCAAUCCAAUACUGUUUCCCAGAGGCUUUUCCUGUGUGGACAACAGGCCUGUAAACACAGUUCCAAAAAUCCUAAACCUUUGUCUUUUGCCUUUUUAAAAGGGACUUCGAUCGGGCUUGAGGGUCUGUACAGCAAAAUCGAGGUGACACCAUUUGAAAAUGUAUUUUUACACAAAUAAUAUAGAAAAAAAAUCAUAUUUUACAUAAGAAUUUUAAGUAUUUGAGAUAUGUGUAUAUAUAUAUACUGUAUGUACUUCGUAUAUGCUUUAUUUUACAUUUUCAAUGUAUUAAAAAGUAUUUGAGCUGGUUGGAUCUGA